AUGCAGGCUUACUCCUGCAAAGGCCGUUCGCACUCGGUCACAGCUUGCUUCCAAAUCUUGACGGAACACUCGCUGCCCAUCAAUGUCCUUCAUCAUCAGCUCCGCCUCAUCUCCUGGUUCCGACAGUAUACCCACCACCUUUCUGCCGAAUCGGGUCAAGCCGACAUCGAAAGCGAGUCUCUUCUGAUUCAGACUCGGGUGCUGGAGACCCUUGCUUCUAUGAAAGCCGACGACAUACAUCUCGAUGAUACGUUUCUCGCCACCGUCGUCUCCGGGCUCAGCGCACCCCUUCGCAAUCCCUUGGCCGCGCUCACCUCUGUGGAACACAAAAAGCUCACUCGCAAGCUCGUUCGCUCCGUGUUCCGACGCUAUGCCGCGACUGCCACCGGUAAGGGGCGCGGCAGCCUGCCUCGAGCCUUGUCGGCCUUGAUCGCUGCCGAGAUCGAUACCCUGCAAGUGAUUCCCGAACACGAAGCCGCCUUGCGGGCCAACAGUGUCGAUCGCAUCCAAACCUCGAUCGGCCAGCUCGACGCUGCAUCUGCUCCCGAGGCGUUUCCCAUCGCAGGCACGUUGGACAAGCAACCUCUCUCAGAAUCACAACUAGCUGGCGUCUGUCUGAGGCUCCGCUUGCAUGCUGCUCUUGGCGAUAUGGACCGAGCGAUGGCCGAGCUUCGUCGGUUGCUCUCAGUUGAGGCUGUACCUGGACCAAACGAGGCAACCGAAAACCACUACGAGCUGGUCCUCAAGCAGCGCGGCGGCGUCAUUUCCCUCUUCUCGGCGGCCAUGCAACGGCGCGAAGAGCACAAAGGGCAGGACGCCGGUUACGAGGUUCUCAAAGCCGCAAUCUCGUCGAGAUGGUUCGUGCGAGUCUGGACUGGAAGGGCUCUUCCGUCGAAUCCCUCGCUGGAUCUCGAUCCCGAAGACUACGAGGGUGAGGCAACGAUCCUGCGACUUUGGAAGAGGUGGAUGCAUGCGUGGUCCAUCGACUACUGGACGGAGGGGUCUAAGACUGGUCCUCGCAUUGACGAUGGGGUUCCUGACGCAUUGGACGGGCGGCCCAAGUACCACACAUUUGCCGGCAGCUAUCCGUGGCAGACGCUCAAACGCGGUCUCAAGCUGCUCAACCUGACCAUGGAUCAGUACGAGGCGUUCUACUCUGGCCGGCCGCUGCUUGCACCAAGCCGAUCUUCGCCCCGUGACGAUCCAGAUCCUACCUCGGUUCACCUUGCCUCGAUUGACUACACGCUCGAUACGAAACCCCCUCGGUACAUCGCGCAAUUCGCGUGUCUAUUCAACGAGCGCAACAUGCUCGACAACAUCGUCUACCUCUGCCUUCACGGAGGUCGAACGCCCAAAGGCGAGACGAUGGCGACGCACGUGCAGCGUCGGCUCUCGCUCCUUCUGCGCACGCUCACGCGAGUCCACGUCUCCGCGCGGACAUGGGAGCACGUCGAAGCGUCCAUGCUGCGGCACCUCGCCGAGAUCCCAUGCGAGGUGCUGCCCACCGAGCUGGUCAGGCCCACCAUGGAGGCCAUCGAACAGCGAAAGCGCACUGCACUGUUGCGCAACAGAGAUCUUGUCAGGACUCUGCAAGAUCAAUCUGGUGCGCAGGACCCUCCUGAAACAGGAACCAUCUUUGUCCUCCGACAGAUGCUCAAGCAACGCGCCCUCCAAAAAGCUCAGUCCGACACGAAGCCGCAAGCCGCUCUCACCCAUUAG